AUGCAGGCUGACGAUGUGGCCAAGCUGUUGGAGUCGACGCAAGCUUCAGCAGAGGCUGUGGUAAAGGUGGCUCAGGCGUUGGAGAAGAGGUUUGGAGAUGAAAAGAAAGAGAAGUUCAGUGAAGCUUCAAGGGUGAUUAGGCAACCUGACCUUUUCCACCCAAAGAACUAUGAGGAGGAAAUCACUAUGGGGCCUGACUGGCGCCUUAGCUUUCGAAGUUGGUUGAUUUACGCCUGUGAGGACUUCAAGGGCGACCUGGACAAAGCAGAAACUGCAAAUGGCCCCAUGGAGUUCAUAGACAUGUCCCUGGAGCAGCACAGCCGAGCAGAGAAGUUACAUUCAAUCUUGGUUGGACUGUUGAGGGGACGACCUCUCAAGCUGUUGCGUUCAGUGGAAGAUGGAAAUGGGUUGGAGGUUUGGCGUGAACUGACGCGCCAAUUAGCCCCAAGGACAAGAGCAAGGAGUUUGAGCUUGCUACAGGCAUUCCUCAACCACCCGAACUUCACCAAGGAGAAGCACCUACUUGAACAAGUUCUUGGACUCGAGCGCAUUGCAGAGGAGUACCAUGCGGUGGCCAAGGAGGAGAUUUCAGAUAACACCAAACUAUCUGUUCUUCUACGUGCAGUUCCUCAGAAACUUCGACAGCAUCUUCAACUGCAGUUGGAUGAAGCUGCAACAUAUGCUGUUGUACGUAACCGCGUUCUGGCCUAUGAAAGGACUACAACUUCUUGGACAUCUCAAGCAAUUUACCGGGAGUUGGACAUCAAGGAGUGUCCUGUCAGGUCGUUGAGACAGGUGACAGAUGACACAAAACAAGCUGCAGGUAGCCCCGAAGCUGCUGGUUCAACAGCCAGUGGAAGUGGAGGUGGAGCGCAGUCACAAACCACGGUGCGCAGAGUUCAGAUUGUGGAUUUGGACUUGGAUGAAGGAGAAGAAUCAGAUGCUGAAGGCUCAAUCAGAAUGGUGAAAACAGAGGAGGUCUAUGACAUGACCUAUUCACAUGAGGAUGAGGACUGGUGCGUCUGUGGGCUAGAAGGCGAUGGUGUCGUUUACUUCGAUAGCUUCACGGGUGGCACUGCAUGUCCUUUUGGUGGAAAGAAUGGAAAAGGUGGUUCGAGGCCAUCUGAAUGUGGCUUUAUCAGAGGAGUCACGCGUGAAAGAGCUGUCAGCAUGGUGCUUGACAGUGGAGCCGAUAUGUCGGUAUUGCCUUUGGAGUUCAAGGAGAUUGGAGUCCCAUUGUCUAAGCGCAGCGUUCUUCGAGAUGCUCAAGGCCAUGUGAUGCGAGGAGGAGCCUUGAGACAAGCAAUCAUCAUCUUGGAGGACCAGAAUGGGAAUCAAGUUCACAUGCGUGAAACCUUUGCUUUGGCCAAUGUGAAUGAACCGUUAUUGGCCCUUGGGAAGUUGAUUAAGAAAGGUUGGAAGGUGAUUGGAGAGAAAGAUGGAGUUCAGCUGAGCUAUGGAGCAUUCAGCAAAUCAGUGCACUUCCGCAACAACUCUUUGGUGACCGAGGCUGUGAUCAGGAAGGUGGAAACCAAGGUCAUCAACGACGUCAAGGUCAGGGCGGUGACAAUAAGCUUUGAUGCCUGGAUGAGAAACAUGCUCAGUGUUCCUGGAUGGCAUCUGACUUUAGAUCGUCGUGUUCCUUUCCUGGUCAAGUUCAGCUCAAAGAACUACUCUGACUGCUACCCCCAGCUGAACCGUGUGGAGUUUCCAUACCGUUCUACAAUGAUCCUGAAGGAAUUGGAAUGGGAGCUUGUGGAGGUUGCAGACAGAAGUCAAUCAGAGGACGAGAUCGAGGAUGACCCUUUCUUCAAGCCCAAAGAGCGCGAGGCGGCAGAGCAGGAGAAGGAGAAACAAGGCUUUGGUUGGUUUGGCAAAACGUUGGAAGAUGGUGUCUACGAGAUUGAAGACGACGAUGAUGAUGCGCAGAUGGGUGUGCAACAUGAAGGAGCUGAAGGAGAUCCUCAUCAACGUGUUCUUCCUGAAGGUCCUGGUGAUGGAGAACUUGAAGAAAUCGAGAUUGAGGGCGAGAAGUACAACAAGAGGAGCUCUUUGAGAAAGCUUCGAGAAGGUCUUCGUCUCUAUGGUCUUCCCAAAGGACGUAGCAAAGAUGAUGCAUGGAGAAGGUUGGUUACCCACCACAACAACCUGGCAGAGAACCUUGGAGUGGAGAUAGCUCGAAGAGAGUUUGAGCGUCGAAAACAAGAUGAAGGUGGUGAUGGAGUUCGUGGACAAGUCAUUCCACUUCUUCCUACCAAAGCUGAAAGGCAACUUCAUGAACUAUGUCAUUGGCCCUACGAAACCUGGUGCCAACACUGCGUAGCAUCACGUGGGAAGUUAGACCCACACCACAAGCUGUCAGAGGUCAAUCUUCGAGCAGAAGCCAAAAGUGAAUUUCCUGUGGCCAGCAUGGACUUCGCUUUCGCAAAGUCCCUGAAGGAGCCAGAAGAAGAAGAUCGAGAAGAAAUUCGACGUCAUGGAGGUGAUCAAAGGAUGGGUGUGUCUCUGGUCGUGACAGAUGACUGGACACGUGGCGUUUUGGUUUUACCUGUUCCUGGCAAAGGUCGUAUGCAUGCCAAAUACCUUGCAGAGCAGGUGGUGAGAUAUAUUGGGUCCUGUGGAUUUUCAACAUGCACCGUGAAGGCCGAUGCAGAGCCAGCAACCCUUCUGGACAUCAUCCAGAAAUGCAGACAGAAGCUUGGAUUCAAAACCAUGAUCAAGCACUCUGGCCCUGAUGACUCUCAGGGGAAUGGCCGUGUUGAGCGGGAGAUCCAAACUGCACGUGGUUUAGCACGUUCACUGGUAAGCCAACUGACUGAGAAUGCCAAGGUGGAGAUCAAUGUGUAUGGCCCCAUCUACCAAUGGGCAAUGAGACAUGCAGGUUGGCUACUUUCUCAUUAUAGACGGCAGUCUGGUUCCCCCACAGCAUACGAGAUGGUUUCUGGACGGAAGUACAUUGGCAAACUAGCCAUAUUUGGGGAGCGUGUUCUUGCAAGACUCCCAACAGCCAAUGGAGAAAACCGCUUCAAAACAGGUGUUUGGGUUGGAAAGACCGACCGUGCAGACUUCCACAUUGUCUUCACGGAGGGUGGCCUACGUUGGACGCGCACAAUUCGAAGAUUGCCGGUGCCAUUUGAGGCAGAAGCUUUGACGUUGGUGAAGGCAUGGCCAUGGAGCGUUUCUUUUGGUCAAAUAGGAGCCAAACAGUCAGCGCUGAUGACCAAGGUACCUGGCCUUGCACUUCCACCAGAUAUGGCCCCUGCAAUACGAGCAGAAGAAGCACAAGAGAGGCGUCGAGCUGCUGGAGUUCAAGCUGGAGGUGAACAAGAACAACAAGCUGGACAAGAUCGACAUCAAAGACAGGCAGGGCUGCAAGACGAAGCAGCCAGUGAUCCUUCAAGUACAUCUUCCAGUUCAGGCUCAGCAGACAAAGGUUCAAUGGACGAUGACACUCUUUUGGCAGACUUGUUGGCGGAGGUGAACGAGGACAAGACCUAUGAAGGUGGAGUCGAAACACCACCAAGCAGCCGUGGAGAUGGACAGAAGCGUGAUGGAGAGGAGAUUCCAGAAGAGGAUCAAAGCCCUAGCAAAGCUGCAAGGGAAACUUCAAGGAAAGCCAUGAGAUCAAGUUCAGCAGGUGUAUCAGGCAGUUCUACAACACCAAUUGGAGCUGCUGAAGUUGGACCCCUUCCUGCUGGAGAUGGUCAAGUACGCAUGGUUGUGGUUGGAGAAGUUUUAGAAGAUGGGGAUCAAGAUCUAGAGUUUCCAGACAAACCCCCAGAGCUUUCACCUGAUGAGAUGUUCGAGGUGGAGGCGCAAGCGGCUGAGAAGGAAGUGAUGCGGCUGAUUGACAUGGGUGUUUUGGUGAAAUCUCGAGAAGGGCAGUCCCUGGAGAAUGUCAACACGUUGACAACAAAGAUGGUUCUGGAUUGGCGCAAGCGUGAAGGAGAAUGGACAAGGAGAGCAAGGCUGGUGGCUCGAGACUAUGCUUGGAUCGACCCCAACAGAACAGAUGUCUUUGCACCAGCUGGAGGCCAAUCUUUGAUCAGAAUCAUCCCGGCGUUAGCACAACUGAAUGGAUGGUCCCUGAAGGUUUUGGACGUGAAGGAUGCCUAUCUGAUGUGUCCACAACCGAGAGAAGUCAAGGUAACCUUGGAUCAACAUCUUGCACAACGUCUUGGAGUUCAACGCGACUGGAUGCUUGGUCGUGUUCUACCUGGCCAACGUGAAGGAGCUGCAGAGUGGUUUAGCAAUUUGAAACAGACCUUGAAGGAGGCCAAUUUGGUCCCUUGUGCAGAAGCUCCCACAGUUAGGUCCAACAAGGAAAAGACGGUGGCAUUGCUGAUCCAUGUGGAUGACAUCGCAAUGACGGGCACGGACGAGGAGUUGGAAAAGCUCACAACGUUCCUGAAGACAAAGUACAAGGUGGCAAUUGAAGAAGGAGCAAAGCUGAGUUUCCUGAAGCCUAUAAUUGAGGUGGACGAGACUUCUACCAACAUCUACGUGAACGACAAGUACGUGGACGGUUUGGUUGCUUUGUUUGGAGGUGUGAGGAAAAAAAAGACACCUGGGGAGAUGAUCAUCAACGAUGAGCCAUUGACAGAUCCCCAGGACGUGCAGAAGUACAGGAUUGGAGUUGGAACAUUGCUCUAUGUUUCAAGCGACUGCCCCGACGUGCAGUACUAUGUGAAGGAGCUGGCAGGAAAACUUCAAACACCAACAAAGGGCGCUAUGGCAUCCCUGAUUCAACUGAUCGGGUAUAUGAGUGCCACCAAGGACAUCCACAUUAAGAUGGAAGGCCGAAAUCCAUCAGCAAGUUUCAGAAAGAAGGCUGAAGGUUUGUCGAGCUCACCGGACUAUGAGGAUGUUGGUGAGAUUUGCUUGGUCGAGGUGGCAACAGACUCAGAUUGGUCAGGGCAGAAAGAAACAAGAUCUUCUACAAGCUGCGGAUGUAUUUUCAUUGGAGGGAUUUGGAUAUACAACUAUUCACGUACCCAGCGCAACAUCACUUUGAGCAGCACAGAGUCAGAAUUUGUGGCACUGGUGUCUGGAGCCAGUGAAGGUCUAUUUGUUUGCGCUGUUCUUCGACAUUUGGUUGGAGAUAAGGUGGAGCUGAAGAUCUACGGCGACAACCCAAGUUAUAUGGCAAUCGCUGCAAAGGAUGGAAUUGGACGUGUAAAGCACUUGGACGGCCGACUACUUUGGAUCCAACAAAGGCAGGGCCGUAACUUCCAAUUGAGGAGGUUGGAUACAACAGCAAAUCCAGCUGAUUUGGGCACCAAAGCUUUACCGGGCAAAAGAAUACAUUUGCUCAUGUUCCUCUUGGGUUUUACAAAUGCCUGGGAAGAUUUGGGCGCCCAUGAGUUUGAGGAUGAGAAGGUGAAGAAAAGCUCAAAAGAGUAA